AUGGACAUCAUAUAAAAAAUCUUGAAGAAGAAAAAGCCACUGCUCAAAAGAAAAAACAACAAGGACUCUAGGACAGUUGAGCCCUACCCAAAGAAAACAGUAUCAGUAUUGUUAAACUCAGAGAUGUUGAGAGACCUCCGAGUGUUUAUAAUUUUCGAUGGAAAUUAUGAAGUUAUCCGUUAUAUUGACAUAAUAAUAAAAAAAUCUACUAGAUCACCAUCUGAACUUCGAUAAGCAAAGGAUUUUAUCACUUAGCAUCCUCUAGUUUAUGAUCAUGGAUUAGGAGGUUAAGAUGACAUUGAGGACUUUCAUAGCUCACAUGUUCAGAAAGGCAUUGGAAGAGUGUCCUUUAAACUCGGUAAAGAGCUGAAUAACAUUGAAAUAUAAGAGUAGGUUUAGAAAGUUACUCAACCUGGUAAUCAUACAGUUAGUAACAAGAACUUGGACCCAACUAAUAUAGUUUAAAUGUGGUAAUAAAAACAAGACAAUGACUAGGAAGAGGCCAAAAAGAAAAUUAACUUCAGAAAGGCUAGCGUGGAUGAAAGCAUCGACUUCAUUUAAAGAAAGAUGUAUACAAAGGAUCUGAACCACUAUUUCCCCAAUCAUAUGGAAUUGAUUGAUGUUGCUAAUCAAAUAUUUUAUGGUGAAAACCCCUAAGAAGUUAAUUAAUCAGUUGAUAGGAAUUCGAAAUAAGCAACAGAAAAUCAAAAAUCAUCGACCCCUCUAAGUAAAAAAGGCUUCAAGUAUCUGUACUCCUUUAACGGGGAGUAACUUAGAUUUGGAUUUGACGAGAUUGGGUGUCUAGAUGACUUCGUAUUUCUAGUAGAUCAGUCCACUUUUACAUCGAAUAACUUAAAACUACUUCACUUUAUCUCAGAUUUCUAGCAAUUUCUCAAAACUAAUAAUCAAACAGUUCAUAAUGAGAUAUUAAACUAAAGUAUCCUUAAAUAGGCUUAGAAAGAUUAAUUAGAGAGCAAACCUAAACCUCCAAAGAGCAAGACUAUAUUUAGAAAACUCACAAUUUAAUCAAGAUCUAAAGAUAAUUAAGUGAUCAUUAAUAAUGGAAUAGUCGUGUAAAAUAAGGAUCAAAAUAAUAAUAAUAAUAAAUCUAAAAAAACUAAUUCUAUUCUGAGAAUCGAAACAAAUAAGCAGAGCAGAAAUGAAUAAGAUGACAAAAUUUUAUUUUCUGUGAGCUAAGUUUUUUAAGACGACCCAGAGAAAAAGAAGUGUAAUAGCUAAAAAGCAGCAUAAAUGCUCCUCUCAAAGCCAGAUCACUCAGUACAAUGCCAACUUUACCUUAUCUGCCAUCUGCAUUAAACAAAGAUAUAGGCAUUUAGAGAGGAGUAAGUAUAAGAUUUCAUUAUAAUAUACUAUCAGCUAUUCAAACAAGUUCAAGCAGGGUAAUCAGACUCUUUAUAAAGAGAUACCAUAGCUUUGGAUAGGACUAAGAACAUCAUGAAUAAAGUUAAGUAAAGAAUGGAAAGCUAAGGAUUGAAUACUGAGAGGUAAUCCAAGACUUAGUCAGGAUUUGGUUUAUAGAACACAUCAACGAUUUCUAGAAGAAAUUCACCUACUAAGCUGAAGAUUGAUUUGAAAUACAGGGAUUAACUCUCUAAAAAUUAAGUGAAAAACUUUGAUCUUUAAACAAGCAUAGAGUUUUUCUAAAAGUAUUACAUCUCAGAUCACUUUGAAUAAAGGAUAUCUACUCUCUUGAAUAAAAAGAGCUAUCGAGAUGGAAAUCUAACGGUUCGUGAAAGAAAUAACAAAAAUGUGUUCUUUUCAAGAAGAAGCAGCGUUUAGGCAUUGCAUUAAUAGCCUACAACUAAUGCCCCUUAAAACAUGCCCAUUAUCAUGAUUCCGACUUCCCUCUAAGCCUAGUAUGGCAAAGAUGAAUAAAAACACCAGCAAUAUAUGCAUUAAAUAUAAUCUCCUGAUAGAGGUUCUUCUUAAUUGAAAUAAUUUGAAACUCUCACUAGUCCGAGUAGAAAUCCAAACAAAGACUUAGAGGAAAAUUCUUUCGUAAAAUUUGUUGAAGAUAGCACAAAUAGAUAAAAUGGCCACCCACUUAUUAGAUAAACUUCCCAAAAUUAGAGAAGCUUUCAAGUAUUAUCUAGAAAUUUCCCUGACAGAUAACAACACGCUAAAUCCUCUACCAAGUAAUACAUUGUAGGCUAGGAUAGAAUCAUAAACGAAAUGAAAAUACUGGAAAGUUCUGGGAUUGUAGAAGACGACGAUAAAGAGUUCAAGAGUAUUUACCAGAAUAUUCUAUACAAAGUGCAAUCAAGUCAUGAUAAAUUGUGA